AUGGCACAUAAAAAAUCACUCGAAGCCAUGGACAGAACAUUACAAGAAUUGCGAGGAAAUUCUGAAGUGAUGGGAGGAGCUCUACCGAUACUUUCAGGAGAUUUUCGACAAACACUUAUCCCAGAGUCAACACUAGCAGACGAAAUCAACGCAUGCCUUAAAAAAAUCAUAUCUCUGGCUACACAUACAAAUACUGCGACUAACAAAAAAUAUAAGAGUGGAAGUAUCAAAAAACGAAACUACAGUACAUUUUUCUCGACAACUUUCACAAAUAGGAGAAGGCACAUAUCCAUAUCCUACUCACCAGACGACCGGCCUCAUUGA